AUGGUCAAUUCAAUUGCUUGUGUUACAUUCAGACUUUCUGCUGAAAGCAGUGCAAUGUUGUUUAAUCGAUUUCAGGGUGAGCUGAAUGGCAAUCGAAUUACUGUUGAUAAUUAUAAUAAUUCACAAUUAAUCAACGAAUUUACACAAAGACUUGGUGCCAUAAUACAAAAAAUGCCUAAUUCUGAAAUAACCACAUCAUUCUGUGAGCUUUUGAAUGAAGCUUUUGAAUUUAUACUGUCUCAAAAUAAUGGCCAUGAAGAAUCUUGUGAAAGAUUAGCUGUAAUGAUUACCGAUGGCAGUAUUCGUUUUGGUGCUGAUCGUGAUCAAUUAACCCGUGAAUUUCGUCGGUAUGGUAUUAUCUUAGCCGUUGUUCUCAUUUGUACACCUGCCUAUGAUACUUGGAAUUUUUUUCGUGAAUUAUCUCGUAGUACAGGUGGUGGUUAUAUGUUGAUGGCAAACGCAGCUCGUGAUUUAGGACGUGUUACGACGAUGGUGCUAACUGAUAGUUAUCAACUUCAACAAGCAUUCCGUCACAUUUGA